GCCGCUUGGCCUUCCACAGGGCGGGGACGGCAGUGGAGUGAGAAGCUCGGCAGUGAGAGAGCGGUGUGGCGCUCGCAGUGCGCAGGGACCCCGGGGCCGCAGCUUCCUGUUUACACACGGGUCAUUUGUGAUUGGAGCUCGCGCUGUCCAGGUGAGGCGCCGCUGGCAGGUGUGAGUGCGCGCGCAGCCCGGUGUCGGUUCCGCUGGGCGGCGGAGGAUUAAAGCAGGUGAGAGCGCAACGGGAGCGCGCGGGCCAUUUUUAUUUCCGAGGGGCGCGGCUCAGGUGCUGUGUGACAUGUGGUGUGUUCUGGAGUAUCAUGAUGAGCGAUCAAGCCACAGUGUCCCACAUGCUGAAGAUUCACAUGAGCCUGUCCAUCAGGACACGUCCACUCUGCACGGUCAAGGUGCGAAAGGACACCACGGCAGCCCUGGUGGUGCAGAGCAUCACUGACCUGCUCGAACUCGACUCGUCCCGGCCGUACAAGCUGACGGAGGUGAGGGAACACACAGGGGACGAGUACGUCCUCCGAAUGGACGAGUGUCCUGUGGAUCGGCUGCUGCUUUGGCCUCAGGGACACGAGGAAAGUCAGGGUUAUUACUUCACCUUCCAGGAGGGCAAACAGGACACAUCAGGGCAGUAUGGCCCGGUGCAGGAGUUUCUCACAACCCAGCGUGAAGACAUGAAGGAUCUGUGCAGCCUCGCCGUCAUUAAUGAGGCCAGUAUUCUAGAAACGCUACGCUGCCGGUUCUACAAGAAACAAAUCUACACAUACGCCAGUAACAUCCUCGUCACCGUUAACCCCUUCAAGUUCCUUCCCAUCUACAACCCCAAAUAUCUGCAAAGGUAUGAGAACUGUAUUCUGGGUAAAGAAGAGCCUCACAUCUUCGCCAUAGCGGACGCGGCGUUCCGUGCCAUGCUGAACAGACGGACCAAUCAGUGCAUCGUCAUCUCUGGAGAAAGUGGCUCAGGGAAAACGCAGAGCAGCAACUUCAUCAUCCACUGUCUGACCUCACUGAGCCAGAAGGGGUGCACCAGUGGUGUGGCGAGGACCAUCUUGGGAGCUGGACCCGUACUUGAGGCAUUUGGAAACGCAAAGACGACAUACAACGACAACUCGAGCCGAUUUGGGAAGUUUAUCCAGGUGAAUUUUUUGGAAGGUGGAAUCGUUCGAGGAGCUACGAUAGAGAAGUACCUGCUGGAGAAAUGCCGUCUUGUGUCCAGGAAGAGCAGAGAAAGGAACUAUCAUGUGUUUUAUUACCUGCUGGUUGGAGCGUCACAGGAAGAAAAAGAAGAGUUCAAACUGUUGGAGCCUGAAGAUUAUCACUACCUCAAACAGGAUCAGGCCGAGGUGGACGAUGCAGAAGAGAUUCAGUGUGAGUUUAAGCGACUGCAGCAGGCCAUGGAGAUGGUGGGCUUCCUGCUUGCAACGAGGAAACAAAUAUUCUCUGUGCUCUCCGCCAUUCUGUAUCUGGGAAAUGUGACCUACGAGAUGAGAGCGGGCGGAGACGGAGUGACUGUGGGACCUGCAGGAGUCCUCAAGACUCUGUCUGAGCUGCUCAAGGUGAGGGAGGAUCUUCUAAUCAAGGCUCUGACUCAGAGGAAAGCUCAGACAGUGAAUGACGUCCUCGUGCUGCACUACAGUCUGGAUGAGGCGAUCACAGCCAGAGACUCGAUGGCUAAAUCUCUGUACAGCUCACUGUUUGACUGGAUCGUCCUCCGCAUCAACCACGCCCUCCUCAACAAGAGAGACGUGGAGGAGGCUGUUCCAUGUCUCUCUAUGGGUGUGUUGGACAUUUUUGGUUUUGAAGAUUUUCAGACCAACAGCUUCGAGCAGUUCUGUAUUAACUACGCUAACGAGCAACUCCAGAAUUACUUCAACCAGCACAUCUUCCUCCUGGAGCAGGAAGAGUAUGUGUCCGAGGGAAUCAGCUGGACCUCCGUGAGUUACACAGAUAACGUUGGCUGCAUUAAUCUGAUCAGUAAGAAGCCCACAGGUCUGCUGUACCUGCUGGACGAGGAGAGCAGUUUACCUCCUGCCUCGGACAGCACGCUGCUGGAGAAGUUUAAGCGGCAGCAUCACAACAACCCGUUCUUUGUUCCUACACCGAUUCUAGAGCCAGCCUUCAUCAUCCAACACUACGCUGGCAAAGUCAAAUACCAAGUACAGGAUUUCAGAGCGAAAAACACGGAUUACAUGAGGCCUGAUAUCGUCGCUCUCCUUCAGAGUAGUGAACGAGGAUAUCUGAGGCGGUUAAUUGGCUCAGACCCAGUCGCAGUGUUCAGAUGGGGGAUCCUCCGGGCCACCAUACAAGCAGUGUACGCAUUUAAAAGGGCGGGGCAAUGCUGGGCUGCUGAACAUCCAGCAACAGUAAGGCGAUACUCCCGUGAUUCGCUGAAGGGAAUGAAGAGUUCGAGUUCUGUUAUCGGACGACUGGUGAGUCACCCUUCUUUCAUCGAGUUCUCCUUCGACCGUUCUGAGGAGAACCCACUUGAGAUGUUGGAGGAUGUUUUUGCUACAUUCGAGAAGAAAAAGAAGAGCAGGGCGGGUCGCCACAAACAGAUCAUUCCCAAGAACCUGAUGGACUGUCGCUGUCUGAAACUCAUCAUGGGUCUGAGUCUUCACAACAGCGACACUCGCGCUUUACUCCACCUGCACAAGAACAAGAAACCUCCCAGCAUCAGCAGCCAGUACCAGACGUCUCUGUUGAAGCUGUUGGACACUCUGAGAAGAGCUGAGCCAUUCUUCGUGCGCUGUAUCAGGUCCAAUGCUGAGAAGAGGGAAAUGCAGUUUGAUGAUGAUCUCGUCCUUCGACAGUUGAGGUACAAUGGCAUGUUGGAGACGGUCCAAAUGAAGAGGUCAGGUUACGGAGCCAAGUACAAAUUCAAGGAGUUCAGAGAUGAAUUCAGGAUCCUGUUGCCGAGACACUCGUCUUCUCUUCAGCAGGACAUCGAGAACCUUCUCAGUCUCACAGUGGACAAGAACAGCUUCCAGAUUGGCAAGACCAAGGUGUUUUUAAAGGAGACGGAGAGACAGAAGCUCCAGGACACGCUGCACAAGGAAGUGAUGCGGCGAAUCGUCCUGCUGCAGCACUGGUUUCGGGCGUGUCUCACACGCAAACACUUCCUGAUGAAGAAGAGAGCCAUCAUCAUUUUACAGAGUUCAUGGCGUUCGUAUCGCGUGACGACGUGUUGCAGAGCGGCCACGGUCAUCCAGAAAGCGUGGAGAGAAUCUCAUGAGCGAGCGGAGUACCUGCGCCAGAGAGAGAGCCUGAGGAACCUGCAGCGGCUGAAACAGAGCUCGGAGAACCGCAGGCAGCAGAAGGAGGAGGAGGAGCGAGUGUGUAGGGCAGAAGGUGAUAAGGGCACUUCAGGAAGUGAGGACAGCAGGUAUAAGACGCUGCUGCCACGCCCUGAUGGUAAAAUAAAGCCACUGCCACCGAUACCGACCCAAGCAUCAGCAGAGAACGAGUACAUGAAGAAUCUCAGAAACGAGCAGAACCGAGGCAGCGUCCCAGAGCAGAGAGAGAGACGAGAGAACGGGGAGCGGGACAGAGACUCGUCCGACCCUGAAGCCCCGCCCCGCCCCGACUCGCUCAUUGAUCCAAAAGCGGGCGAUGAUCUGGGCAUGUCGACGCUGCAGCGCUCCAAACUCAGCCACAUGAGGGAGAAGGUGGAGAAGUGGCGAGAGCGAAGGAGUGAGCUUGUGGUUUCAGACAGAACCCAGCCCGAGAACCGCAGGAUGAGCAAAUUAAAGGCUCAAGGACUCUCAAUGUCCCUGGAUAAUCUGUCCAAUCUGAGCUCACCCGAGUCGGACAGUCCAUCUCCGUCCAACACUGUGAUGACGCUGCAUCGACACAGGCACCCGAGACGCAAGUGCCGAUUGGCUCACGCCCGCAGCAGCCUCAUGCCGACAGACACAGAGAAGUGUGAGGAUUUCUGGGUUUUUCCGCUUCCUCCCUUCAGCCCAGGCAACUCGUUUCAGUCCAGCGCCCAUGCGGUGCUCAAGAAACCCCAGCUGCCUGAUGGAUCAAAAUUGAGUGUGAUGCAGAGCCCGAGUGAAACCACACACUCCCAGCAACUCGCACCGGAAAAAGGACGAUUUUUUGGUUGGUAUUUCCCUCGGGGCCAAAAGAAGCGUCUCACGCCUCAGGACGGAAAUGUGACGAUGGCCAGGACACUCGCCGAGAGAGAAGAGCCCUUUAAGAGGUUGAACAGUAACUCCCCCACGGCCACGAGUCCAGUCUCACUGGCCAAGCGCAAACGCCAGAGCAUCAAAAUCAGCCGCGGGACACGAGUGCGAGAGGAGAGUCACACCUCGCUCAACCGCCAGAUCACCAACGCGACAGAACUGCGCCACCUCGAUGAGUUCCUAGGAAAUCAGAUGAAUGAUCUGGAGUCCAGGGCAAAGUCUCUCUCAGAGACGGAGGUGAUUUUCUUCACAGCCACGACGCAGUUCAGAGACACGAUUAAGAGCAUGUACUCGCUCUCGAACCCUCAGAUCAGUUAUAAAGGCCUGCUGCAGGGAUAUAAAACUAAAGUGGAGAGUUUAGCUGCGCAGAAGAAGAAGAAGGCCGACGUGCAGCUGGUGGUGAAUUUGUUCCAGUCGGUUCUGGACGGCUUCAUCAGAGCCGAGAUUAAACGAGUCUCAUCAGAGUCUGACCUCACCAAGGUCACGAAAAAGAUGAAGAGGAUACGAGAGCAUGAUAAGUGUCCUGACAGCCCCCUGGAUCACUCAUUCUGUACCUACCAAGUUAACAUCGUUCAGUCCUGUGACAUGUGUGGCUCGUUUGUCUGGGGUAUGGAGAAAGCCUGCAUGUGCAGUGUGUGUAAGGUGCUGUGCCACAGGAAGUGUAUGAGUAAGGUAAUGACGUACUGCUCCAAACACGUGGAUAAGAAGACUGAAGCAGAUAAAGGCUCUGUGUACUUUGGCGUACACUUGCCCACUCUGACCAGCAGGGCGGAGCCAGUACCCUGUGUGUUGGAGAGACUAUUGGCACACGUGGAGAUGAACGGACUCUAUACAGAGGGAAUUUACCGCAAAUCAGGCUCCGCCCUCAAAGCUAAAGAGCUCCAUCAGCUGCUGGACACAAGCCCUCAGAGCACCAGUCUGGAUAAUUAUCCGAUCCACACAGUGACCGGUCUGAUUAAGUGCUGGUUACGGGAGUUACCUGACCCUCUGAUGACCUUUAACCUCUACAAUGACUUCUUGUGCGCUGCCGACAUGCCGGAGAAAUCGGAGCAGCUGCGAGCCAUUUACAGGAAGUUGGAGGAACUUCCUGUUCCAAACUACACCACACUGGAACGCCUCAUCUUUCACCUGGUCAAAGUGGCGAAGGAGGAGCAUCAUAACCGGAUGUCUGCUAACGCUCUUGCCAUCGUGUUUGCUCCAUGUGUCCUGCGCUGUCCUGACGUCUCUGACCCGCUGCUCAGCAUGAGAGACCUGCCCAAGACCACGCUGUGUUUAGAGGUGUUGAUCCUGGAACAAAUGAAGAGAUUUGAUGAGAAGAUGAAGGAAAUCCAGCAGCUGGAACACGCCGAGGCUCUGGCAGUUAAACAGCUCUCGCUGCGCAGACAGAACACGGUCCUGGAGAACCCGAGAGGGAAAGUGAACGUGUCUCAGAUGGACAGCUUGGACUCGGAUGUAGAGAACACGCUGCUCGACAGGAUUCGAUCUAUAAAGCAUGAGAAGAAUAAACUGGCCUGCGGGCUGCCAGACCUGGAUGGUUCUGAUAAUGAGAACCCUGAUUGUGAGAGCACAGCGAGCUAUGAGAGUUCCCUUGAGGAUAAACUCGUUCAACUGGACUCGGAAGGUGCAACAGAACUGCAAAAGUUUCCAGAGGAGAAAACUCCACAUGAUCUCAGAACUCAGAGACGAGGUGGUGCUCAGUCUACGUGUGUUGUCCAAGAUGGCUGCCAGGAUUUGAAAUCGAGCAAAGACUUCACUGGCCUAGACAUCCCUUUUAUAGAUGAUGAUGAUGAUGAUGAUGUUUAGCAUCUAAACAUUCAGGCGUGUGGUGCUAAUCAGUCAUGAUACCACCAUAUACAACAUGUGCAAUAUUGUUAGCAUGGAUUGUUUACACAUGAGAUUUACCAAGUAUACCAUAGCUAACAAUUUCCUUUGUACUCAUUUAUGAUCAUAUUUGUGUUUUGGAUUUUGCCAGAAGUCCUUGUAUUGGGUAUGUUUAGCUGGUUAACUGUGCACAACCUGGCGGUGUGGAGAGCGUGGUGGUUCCCCUGAUAAGCUAACUAGCAUUAUAGCAGGCACGAAAUAUCAAGCUAGCUAAUUGUUAAAAAAAAUUGUAUUCAACUAUAGCUAGCUGUAACGUCACUGGAAGAGCUAAAGUUGCUAAAUAAUCCAUGUGAUUUAUAAGAAUCAGUGUGUAAAGUUAAAAUAAUACAGUAUAACAGUGCGGAAACUCAACAGCGUAACUCAAAGAUCAUUUUGGAUUUUUAGAACGUGACCCAGUGAAGAACCCUUUGCUGACCUUGUGUGCUCACUGCUAGCUAGCAUUAAUUAGUUAGCGAGCCAGUUAUGUUAGCUGAAUCCCAAAUAAGAUGCAGCUAAAACUUAACAAAUAUUACAGAAGCAUACUAGCAGCAUGUUCUUAGCGCGCUACGGCUAAUCAGUAAGAGAAGAGAUCAUUCAUGCUAGUAGUAACGUUUCAGAAUUUUAAAGUAGACCUGAUGUUACGAUGGAUUAUGAAAUUCCUCCAGAACUUUGUGAAUAUCCUCCUAUGACAAAAAUAACAGAAUGAAUUACCAUGAGGGAAUGAGGUCAUCCACUUAUAGCCACACCUUAACAGUGUGUGUUAAUUACACACAUUCUCUCCAGUUCCUCAGUGUUCACGCUUUAAGGUGUGGCUGCAGCUGAAAGAUCUCAUUCCUUCACUGUAAUUACAUUCUGUUCAUUUUAUUACCUAAUGAUGUCACCAGCAAGGUGUCCUUUUUUAAAAAAAUGGAAUUUGUCUUGUUUUUUUAUACAGCUUAUAUGCAUUAGACAGACCCACAGUGGGUUUUAUAUGCGAGUUUGUUAGUGAAUGAGCCGAUGGGUGUUUAUUCGUGUGAUGUUUUGUUUUAAUGAACGGAUUGAGGAGAGCGAGUGUGUGAAUGUUCGUGUCUUUAUUACAAACCACCUCGAGGUCCUGUGUGUAUAAAUAUCACCAUCAUCGUCUGUCCUCCAACCUCCUCCCCUCUGUGUGGAUUAGUUUUCAUCAACAAACAUCUGGAACAUCUGUAAUUCUCUCUCUCUCUCUCUCUCUCAGAAACCUGUAUAUUAUGGAAAUUAAAUCCAAGUACCCUCAGGGUCA